GUUAGGACCGAUGACGCUGGGAAGUGAGGAUACAGAGCCCGGGAAGAUGUCUGUGCCACAUGCCGUGUGUUCACGGUGUAAUGAAGGCUUCAUAGUUGAAGAGAAGAUGAUAAAUUGUAACGGUGAAUUGUGGCAUGAAAGAUGUUUUGUUUGUGCUCAGUGUUUUCGUCCUUUUCCUGAUGGCAUGUUUUUUGAGUUUGAAGGCCGGAAAUACUGUGAGCAUGACUUCCAUGUAUUGUUUGCACCAUGCUGCGGAAGAUGCGGCGAGUUUGUGAUUGGUCGUGUAAUUCGUGCUAUGAAUAUGAGUUGGCAUCCCGAUUGUUUCAUGUGUCAGCUGUGUGGAACUAUUCUUUCUGAUACUGGAUUUGUUAAGAGCAGAAAUAGGUCAGUAAAAUGUAUCAGCCAAAUAACAGUGUGGUGUAAUCCUUGGGUUGUCUGCCCAGAACUACUUCUUUUCGAUGAACUGACUUCAGAUGCCAGGGAAGUAAGAGGUGAACUCUACUGUCUACGCUGCCAUGACAAAAUGGGAAUUCCUAUAUGUGGUGCAUGCCGUCGCCCGAUUGAAGAACGAGUCGUACAUGCACUCGGCAAGACCUGGCAUGUUGAG